CAUCUCAUGGGAUUAGUUGUCUAUAGCAAAUACCUCAAAAUGAACAAACUUUUUCUGGUGGCCGUAGUGGCUGCGGUUGCCAUCGGUACCAGCCAGGCGUUCGUCCCGGUUUUCCAUCGCUUCCGUCGUAGUCCUUCGGUUCGAUGUUGCAACGAUGGUUUCGAGGAUUCCAUCAACCACGAGAAGGUGGUCGCUGUGAGACGUACAUGCGCCGAAGAGUUGGGGCUGAACGAGAUGUCCGAAGAGGAGCUAGUGAAGAACCGUGAAAAUCUAGUUUGCUUGGUGGAGUGCAUCGCCAAGAAGCAUGAACUGGCAGACGAAACCGGUGACCUAUUGCACGAAGAUCUGGCCAAGGCAGUGAAAGAUCACUUCAGUGUUGCCGAGUGGAAGGUUCCGCUGUUGGAUGACUUCAUAAAGCAAUGCUUCGACCAUGCCGAGGAGGAACACGAGAAGCACCCCACCGAGGAGGGCAAAUGCAACCCGGAGGGAUUCGAAUUUUCCUACUGCCUGUGGAGACACUUUACGCUGGCCUGUCCGGAGGAGCUGCAAGACGAUUCCGAACGGUGCGAAGCGAUUCGUGGAAAGCUAAAAAGCGACGAAGAUGUGGGCUUUUGGAAUAACGACCUCGAUGAAACCAAGUGAUGCGAUAUGAUGGGGGGAGAGCUUUUUAGCGGUUGAGCUGCUCUGGAUGUGCUUUUGUAACGGACCAUAACGCUGAUGUACUUUAUAGCUAGACGGCAUUAUAAAAUGUGAUUGAUUGCUGCUUUAUCAAUAUAGAUACAUUUUGAUCAACAAGUGUUUUAGACCAGGAGUUAUUUAUGAAAAGAAAAUAUUUAAUUGGGAGGUAGAAGAUUUUCGUAUGCCUAGAAAUGAAGUGCUACGUAUGAAAUCAAACAUAUAAAUUGGAAACCUUGAUUAAUCCACCUAGUGGUGAUAGCGCCUUUCUCGUCGAAUAUGUACUGAUGAUGUCGACCUAAGCCAAAGUGUUCCUGAAUCCUGAGAAUACUUUAUUGAGAAAAGCAAUAAUUUUAUCAAAGCCAUUAUCGAAUAGAAAAACUUAUUGAUGACGCAUAUUCCGACGUUAUGGUCAACGUAUAGGCAGAGCUUAAAAAUAUCAGAGCUCUCAGUUGACUGCUUGACCACCUUCACUGUCAUUGGAGGCCAAUCAAUAUGUAGACGAUGAUUACAAGCUAAGAUAUAUCCUUUUUCACAACCACAGAUCACUUUGGGUUCGUCGACAAAGUUUUUUCUGUACACUUCAGGCUAUAUUUUAUUAUCGCUGAUUACAAGAUCCAUGUAAAAUUGAACAAAAAAAAUGCAAGCAAGUGAAAUUUCCCAAACUAAAUCCCAAUAAAAUUUCAACCACAUUACAGAGCGCGAGGGCGCAACCAGUCACGUCAGAAUUUUGUGUAGUAACUUUAGACGCAAAAGGGGAUUGAAAAAAAAUGUUCAGGGUUGUUGCGAUUAAAUUUUAAUUUUCCCAUACAACGUUGACUGUAAGGAUGAGUAGGAAUCUGAAAUGGUGUGAUUUGAUGAGUUCUGAGAUCACUUUAGUUUUGUCAUGAUGAAGAGAACAGUUACACAUAUCUAUCGCUUGCUAUGAU